AUGUGUCUCUGCGAUUUCGACAACGAUGAGGAGUUGGAGUUGAUCGUUGGGUCAGAAGACUACGAUAUUCGUGUUUUCAAGGGCGAUGAAAUAAUUGCUGAAUUUUCUGAAACCGAAGCUGUGAUUGCUCUGCAUCCUGUUUCGGGCAAUCGAUUCGCCUACGCUCUGAUAAACGGCACCCUGGGCUUGUAUGAAGGAUCGAAUCGACUUUGGCGGAUUAAGUCGAAAACGUUUGCCAUGUCGCUGUGUUUGUAUGACAUCAAUGGUGACAACGAACUUGAGCUUGCAACUGGAUGGAGUGGCGGAAAGGUUGAUUUCCGUUCAUGGAAAAAUGGAGCGUUGGUGGUCAAGGAUCAUCUCAAUUCAGCGGUCGUUGGUCUUGCUGAAGCUCGCCUGCCUGAAAAAGGCACAUCAUAUCUGGUUUGCUGCUCAAUCGACGGCGAAGUUCGGGGUUACAGAGCAGACAUAUCAGCAGUGACAUUAGCCUCAGACGCGAUGCAAGACGAAUGUCGUGCUCUUUCUCUGCAAAAGCAGAGUUUGCUCCUUGAACUUAAAAAUUAUGAAGAGCCGAGGAAAAGUUCCUCUACGAGCGAGUUCAGUAUUUCUGACAAAACAGUGGCCAAUGUCAUUCCGGCUACAACGCAAGUUCGUGCCACGUUGUGUGUUAAUCCCGGAUCUGGAAAAGAGCAGCUAGAGGAUUGGUUAAGAGCAAAUUUUCUCACCCCGGAAGAAAACUACAUCGAGGGCGAUGAGCUGCAGGCAAGAUUUUUCAGUCUACACGGUUCAGGAAUGCUGUUCAUUAAAAUGAGCAGCGACGGGGAGGCCAGAAUACUGUGCGACGACAUGUCGGUCUGCGGCGAGCUGAUUCAGACCAUAGCAACAGACUUCGGCAUAGGUUACUUGGAAAGCAAAGCUGAUUUUAAAUCUGACGUAUCGCUGCUGAUGGAUCUGCUCAAAAAAGUAGAUGAAAUUUACCUCGUGAGAAGCAACGUUGCCGGAGUAAUCGCUGAAAAAUGCAGCCUCGCAAAAUCGAUGCUGAUACGGGCAGAGGAUGCGAGGUUAACGGAUGAUAUUAGCCAGAUGAAAAGCUUCUAUAAGGAACUGCGUCAUGUCAACAAUGAGUUAGUCACUCAUUACAACGUUUACUGCGCGAAUCAUGCCGAACUGCUGAACAAACUGAAGCAGAUCAACGUCACCAUCCAGAAUGCAUCAAAACUACGAGGUAAGCAAUACAAUUGUAGUUCUGCAAUUUCAUUUUGUCUUAUAAUCUGUUUUCGGAUGUUGAUAUGUGGCAAGUCACUACCUCUCUUAGUACAUCAGCACCUUGUUAGGAGAAAAUGAUG